AGCAUUUGUUAUGACUUAACCCACAAACUUACAUCGAAACCAAACAAAAGGAGAAAUGGAGCUUCACCACCAUUUUAGCCAUCAACAUCCUUUGGAGUUCAUCGAAGAUCACAACCUUAAAAGUGAGAAGGCUAAUUGCUCAGGAUGUGGGGAGUUGGUCUCAGGUCCAAGCUUUAGUGGUACAGAGUGUGGGUUUUACCUUGACAAGAAAUGCUUCGAGGCCACUUCAGAGGUAAAUCAUCCCUUUCAUGAACAUCCUCUAGUUUUACAAUUCAACAGUCAGCGUCUCCCUUGUCAAAUUUGCCAAAUAACCCAACCUAGGGGACUUGUCUAUUGUUGUUCACCUUGUGAGUUUGCCAUUCAUAUUGCAUGUGUUGAGCGACCAACUAUAAUUAACCACCCUUGUCACCGUCACCAUCCUCUUAUUCUACAGCUUAAUUUGAAAUCUCUUCUCUGUCAAAUCUGUCGGGAAACACAAGCUUUGUUACCUGCUUAUUAUUGUUCCGCAUGCAAGUUUGGACUUCAUGUUAAAUGUGUCUCUCCAAAACCUACUAUCAAAGGUGAAAUUCAUGAACACCCAUUCACCUUGUUUUGGAGACAAGUCCCAUUUAUUUGUGAUGCUUGUGGAACAAGCGGAGAUUGUAUCUCUUAUAUUUGUUCUCCAUGUGGCCUUAUAGUUCAUGAAAAUUGCAUUUCAUUGCAACCCAUCAUCAAAAGGUUUCCACGACAUGGUCACUCAAUUUGCCACACAUUCAUCCUUGGGCAAUAUGAGAUCAAAUCAUGGAAAUGCAAGAUUUGCCAUGAGGAGGUGAAUUCGAAGCAUGGGUGUUACUGUUGUUCUGAUUGUAAUUAUGUUGUCCAUGCAAAUUGUGCAUUAGAAGAUUACAGAUGGUACAAUAUAUUCGACGAUGAGAUUGGAGAAGCGGGUGAGUUGCUUAACAACUCAGCCUUUGCUGUUAUUAAAGAGACCAAGCUUGGAGAAAAUCCUGCAAUACCCACAGAGAUAAAACAUUUAAGCCAUCCUCACAACUUAAUUUUCAGCAAUGAUAUUAAGGAUGAUAAAUAUUGUGAUGGCUGCGUGUUGUUCAUCUCGACUUCAUUUUACCAUUGUGCACAAUGUGAUUUCUUUCUCCAUAAAUCAUGUGCCGAAUUGCCUAAGAAGAUGUUCGAUUGGCGUCAUAGGCACCAACGUCCCCUCACUCUUAAGUUACAUGCUGAUUUUUUGUGUCCUCAAUGUGUAUUUCUGUUCAAUAACUGUUUCUCCUAUGAUUGUAAUGUGUGUGAGGCGCGUCACUGCGUUCGUUGUAUUCAAUUUUCGGAUACCCCCACAUGUCAAGGGCAUGAACACCGCCUUUUACGUUACGAAAAGUAUGAAGGGCAAUGCAAUGGCUGUGGAAAUUAUCUACAGUAUGCGUAUGCUUGCAAAGAGUGCAACUUUGCUGUGGAAUACGGUUGUCUUACGCUUCCCGAUAAGAUUCAACACAACUGUGACGAACAUCCGCUCAUGCUCACAUAUGGUGAAGACAACAUUUAUUCAGAGUACCAUUACUGCGAUAUUUGUGAAAAAGGAAGAAAUCCAAGCCAUUGGUUUUAUCGCUGUGCAAGUUGUGAUUAUUCGGUUCAUAAAAAUUGUGUUAUUAAUCGAUACGUAUAUAUGAAGCUCAGGAAGACUUACACAAUAAAGGAUCAUCCACACCCACUCACUUUCACCCGAAAGGUCUAUGACUACCCUCCUGAAUGCCAUAAAUGUGAGGAGCACUGCAAAGAUCUAUCUGCUGAGUGUCUAGAGAAUGGGUGUCACUACAUUGUUCAUUGGAAAUGUAUAGACCCUCAUAGAGAAGAUAUCUUAUGGUUGUUGCGACAAAGAGGUUCAUGAUUGAUGGCACCCAACACUACUUUAGUUUCUAGAAAAACAAAACAAUCGUUUUGUUGGUUGAGACUUGAAAGUCCAUUAAUGUAGUGUUAGUGUGUUAUUUUAUGGUUUUUAUUGUAAAUAAAAUGUGAAACUUGAUGUUAGUGUUACAUGUUUGUAAAUAAUUUGGAAUGGGAAGAAUAUCUUUAUAGUUU